AUGGCUCUGGAUUUACGCUUGCACUCUCCUGCAGGCGCGGAACCUGUUGUUUAUACAUGGCCCCUCACAUCGGGUCAUGGUUCGGACAAACACGAUGGAGCUUUAGAAAUAGUAGAGACAAUAAGGUGGGUGUGCGACGACUUGCCGGAAAUAAAAGCUGCACUCGAGAAACACAUCCUAUGCGACUAUGACACACACUCAUACGAGAGCAUGCGAGCUCUCUGUGACAGAUUCAACCGAGCCAUCGAUUCCGUUGUCGCUUUGGAGAAAGGUACCUCAUUGCCAGCUCAACGAUUAAACAAGUACCCGUCACGAGGUUUACUAAAACAUAUUUUGCAGCAAACAUACAAUCAAGCUGUAUCAGAUCCUGACAAGCUUAACCAGUAUGAACCUUUUUCACCAGAGGUAUAUGGCGAAACGUCGUACGAGUUGGUUUGUCAAAUGAUCGAUCAGAUAGAAAUAACAUCAGAAGAUGUAUUUGUUGAUUUGGGAUCAGGGGUUGGCCAGGUCGUGCUGCAGAUGGCAGCGGCGACGCCGUGUCGGGUGUGUUUAGGUGUUGAGAAAGCUGAAGUGCCUAGUAAAUAUGCAGAGAGUAUGGAUAUACAUUUUAGGAUGUGGAUGAGGUGGUAUGGCAAGAAGUAUGGAGACUAUAAGCUAAUAAAGGGUGAUUUUUUAUUGGAUGAGCACAGAGAGAAAAUAAAUGCAGCUACGAUUGUUUUUGUCAAUAAUUUCGCAUUUGGUCCGCAUGUCGAUCAUCAGCUGAAAGAAAGAUUCGCGGACUUAAAAGAUGGAGCCAAAAUAGUCUCUUCCAAAAGCUUCUGCCCGCUUAACUUCAGGAUAACAGAUAGAAAUUUGAGCGACAUUGGGACCAUCAUGCAUGUUAGCGAAAUGUCACCACUCAAGGGUUCCGUUUCGUGGACGGGAAAACCAGUAUCUUACUAUUUACAUAUAAUAGAUAGGACCAAAUUGGAGAGAUACUUUCAAAGACUGAAAAACCCGAAACUCAAGGGUUGUCAGAAUGGCAUCGAGGAAGGCGAGGGCAGCGGCAAGCGGCACCUGAGCGCGCCGCCUACUCGGCAAAGUUCACCCACGCCUGAGUUGCUCAACGGCAACAGCAAUCACAGCACCGCCUCGCUGCCCGAGCGACGUAGGAAGGUGGCGCGCCCGCGUCCGGCCGUCAGGGGUGAGAACGGGCGCACACGAGCUCGCGCGGCUGUAGCGAAGCGGCGUGCGGCGCGGCGCUCCAGCGACGAGAGCGACGAAGAGUCCAGCGGCACCGACGACGCGCCGCCCGGGCCCGAGCCCGCGCCGCGCGAGUGGGGCGCGCCAUGGGCCUCCGCGGACACCAACCGUAGCCGGCGCGCGGGCAGCAAGCGCAGCGCGAGCGCGGGAGGCGCACGGCGGCGGGCGGCGCGCGCCAAGCGACGCCGCGCGCCGCCCGCCGCCAUCGCCGGCCUCGACCUGCUGCACUCCACCACGCUCGCCUCCACGCUGCAGAACGGCACGGUAAAGUUGCAUGGCAAGCCUCAUCGAUUCAUCACCACCAGGAGGCGUACACGGAGACAAUCACAUCGAGUGACGGCGCCGCCGCCGGGCUGCGUGGGGCAGCGGCUGUCGGCGCUGGGCGUGCAGCUGCAGCCGACCGACCGCCUGCACUCGGAGCUCGACAUCCCGCGCUCGCCGCACACGCCCUACAGCCUGCAGCUGCUGCUCGACAUGUUCCGCGACCAGUACCUCGCCUUCAUACAGCGCCUCAACUCGCCGGAGUACGCGCGCGACGUGCGCCACCACAUCGACAAGGAGAAGGAAAGGAACCAAAAACUGAAGUCCCGUGCGUCUCAAUUAGACAAACAGAUAAAUGUAUUGAUAAGCGAUAGCGUUGCACUUUUGAAAGCCCGCAUGAGUGAGCUCGGCAUUCACGCCAAUAACACCGUGGAUCUAUUAGCAAAAGCUAAGGAAAUUGUUGGGAGACACAAAGAACUCCAAAGUAAAGCAAGCAAAUUGCAAGCGCAGGUAAACAAUAUAGAAGCCGAACAAGCAAUUCUUGUAAAACAACGGACUUUUGAAAUAACUGAAAAGUAUCGCCAGAUGGGCCACAUACCUCCAGAUGUAGAAAUCACCCAGAGCAUAGCUCAUGAUUGUAUUUUAAAAGAGAUUUCCGCUACGCUAGCGCAUCGAAAAAGAUUGCACGCGCAGGUGGGCCACUUACAGAAUGAAAUUGUUCAGAUGGAAAGAGCUAGCGAGCAGAAAGUUGCGGCACCUACCGUUCCCGUGGCCACGGUAAAACCGCACACGGUGAAUGUAAAACCUAGAAAAUCGAGAGAGCAUCGGUCGCGGUCGCAGGAGUGGCCCGAUGUACCGGACGUGGGAAAGAUCGAGGAGCAGAAUCCGGAAAUUCUCGCACAAAAAAUACUGGAGACGGGACGUCAGAUCGAGGCGGGCAAGAUCGCGAAGCCGAACGUAAUAGUGAAUGGAUAUACGCGGGAAGCUGAACAGCAUCGGCAGGCGAAGGCAGCGCCCGUGCACCGCACGCAGCCGCAGCCGCAGCGUCUCGUCCAGCCGCCGCCGCUCGCGCACCGCCAGUCGCCCGUCAAGCUACAGAAGCCGCUCAACGUCGUCACCAAGGUGCAGGAGUCGCCGAAGGUGAUCAACUUCGAGGACCGCCUCAAGAGCAUUAUAACGUCGGUGCUCAACGAGGACCAGGAGCAAAGGAAAGCUUCGCGACAGCCGACACCCAACCACACGUACGCGAACGGGUACGUGCGACCCGCGACCGGGCAGCACGCGCCGUUUGCACAGCGGCCGGUGGUGAGUGGCGUGCCGAGCGGGUACGCGAGACCCGCCCGCGAUCUGCGCCGCGAGCGGUACGGGUACGAGCGCCGCACAGAGCCGCGCACGCCGCACGGACCCCACGGCCCCCCCGCGCCGUAUACCUUGCUCGAACAGCGCCAUCAUCAUUCCGGCCAACCGGAUUACACACAAGUGUCUCCAGCGAAGCUGGCGCUGCGGCGGCACCUGUCACAGGAGCGGCUGGCGGCGCCCGGCGCGCGCACCAUCGGCGACCUCGUCAACGGCGAGAUCGAGCGCACGCUUGAGAUAUCCAACCAGAGCAUCAUCAACGCCGCCGUCAACAUGAGCGCGCGCUACCACGAGCCCGCCGCGCACCACCAGCCGCACCAGCUGCACCAGCCGCACCAACAGCACCAAUCCCACCAGCCGCUCGAAGGUCUUGCGGCGUGCUUGCAAGCGCGCGUGUUGGCAUCGGAGUACUGGCGCGGGCGCGGCGGGGGAGGGGGAGCGGGUGCGGGCGGCGCCGAGGCGGAGGAAGCGGGCCGCCGCCGCUCGCCGCCGCCCGACCCGCACUCCAACACCUCCACGCCGCUCGUCGACGAGCUUCCCGACGCCGUGCGUCCGCCCGAAGGCGAGGGCGGCGAGGAGGUGGAAGAGAGCAAGUGGCAAGAUCGCAUCGCGUUCCGAUUCGAUCAGAUCAUAUCGUUCGCGUCGACCGCGAUGGAGGACAAGCGGCGGCGGUCGGACGAGACGUGCAACACGUCGCCCGACUCGGGCAUCGGGCAUGGCGAGCCGGGGCGAGCGGGCGCGGGCGCAGGCGCGGGAGGGGCGGCGACUGGCGCGGCGGUGGGGCCCGCGGCCGGCGGGGGCGCGGCGAGCGGCGCGGGCGGGGAGGCGCGUUCGCCGUCGCCCGCGCAUCACUUCAAGAAGCGGUUCUUCCGGCGCGAGCGCUGGGGCGCGUGGAGCGGGCCGCCGCCACCCGCCGCCGUGGAGUGGGAGCGGCCGGCGAUGUGA